AUUAUGGUAUACCAAUCAAUAAGUUAUACAUUAUCUGUGAAGACGAACAUCGAGCACUGAGCAGGGAAGGAUUAGAAAAUUACAAAAUUACAAAUGGCUUCCGUUUCCAACUUUCGGCUGCCGUAAUUCACUGUUGGCAUGGUUUUUUGAAAUAAGAACGCUUAAUUAGUUGAGGCGAACGCGUUCGAUCGAAUUUUUAUACGAUUUUACUGGCCGACGACCAUGGGCAUUCAAGAUCUACAAAUAUUUUUAGAAAACGAGGGUGUAGGUGUUGACUUGUUUCGAGUCGCUAGAACUCAUCCUGGUGGUUUUCGAUUAGUAUUAGACGCUGAAGGAUGUUUAGAUCGUUUAUAUGGAGGAUAUUUUUCAGAUUGGGCAUGUGGUGGUCAAUGGGCCCGCUGUGUUCAAUUUCUCACAACUUUGGCACAAGCAUUAGCAGAGCAUCAAGUGGCUUUAUGUGUUUGCUUCAAUGGAGCCCACCCCACACCUCCAGCUUUACCACAACACUGGAUCCAAACACAAUCAACAUAUAGACAGAGAGUUAACUCUGUGCUACGACACAUUGUAACAAAAGGUACCCCACCACCAAAAGUUUGGUGGGUUCCUCCAACAGGAUUACAUUCCUGCCUUCGAACAGCCUUGCGAUACCUCAACAUCCCAAUUAUGGUAUCAUCUGAUGAUCAUUGUCAAGAAGUAGUUGGGUUGUGUCGUGAGAAAACUUAUGCUGGUCUUGUGGGUUGUUCUGGAGAAUAUUUAGUUUUUCAGCCACCAAGAUAUUUUAGCUCAUCUCAACUUAAGCUUACAUAUAGAUCCUCCUUGGAAACCAAAGAGUACAUGGUCCAUGAUUUACCAAAGUUACUUGAUGUACCCCAGGAUAGACUUUGUCUUAUGGCUGCACUUCUUGGUGGAGUUAUUUUAUCAGAACAAAGUCUUACUGACUUUUAUAAGCGCUUAGGAAUUGCUCAAAAGAAGCAACAAGUUCCUCCAGAAACUCUCAUCAAAUCUGUUGGCCAAUUUGUGAAGGAUUUACCAUCAUCUGAUAUAGAUGCUGCUUGCAUUGAAAUAUUUGGUGACUUGAAUGAUCUUCGUGCUGCCAAAUUAAAACAGGCUGUACAAUAUUAUUUAAAUGGUACUAAAGAUGGAUUCCUGAAGUAUAGAACUGCUUCUGGUCGUCGCCCGAAAAACAACAAAAAAAAUCAAAAGCCAGAUAUGAGUCCCCAGUCAACAUCCCUAGAUAUGGACACUUCGAAAUUGGCCAGCGAGUCUUCCGAGCAUGAGCAAAAAGGCUUGGAAGAUUACAAAUUGGCUACGGCAAAUGCAUUGAUGAAUGCCGACUAUGGCAUCGAGGAACAAUGUCACGAAUUGAGCCACAGCGUCGCGGGCCUUUCAUUGGACGGCGGGGACGCGGCAUCUGUCAAACAGCUACCCGUUAAACCUACUGACAAAAACGAGAAACCUACAUCCAAAGAGCCAACAACGAGUGCUGCCAAGCACAUUCAAAGCGAUGACAAUUGUCCACCUGCCCCCGCUGAGGUUCUGCGGACGUGCGCCGAGCGACACACGCGGGGUCUCAUGCACCCGCAGAUGCUGUCUAUUCUCACACACCGUCAAAUAACUCUGCCCGUUCUCAUGGAAGAUGAUAAUCAUCGUGAAAUACCUUCUAUACACCAUUUUUUCAGACCAAUAAGACAAAAUGUCUAUGCUAUCUUGUAUAAUAUGCAUCACCACAGGUUCAUGGCCCAAAAAGCUAAAGAUGAAGGUGCUGCCAUUGCAUCUACCAGCAGUGAACGUCCAUCCACUGUUCAAGUAGCAGAAUGGAUAUUUUCUCGUGUUAAUCCUGGAAAAAAUCCAGAGAUUGUGCCUGGAAUUGUCCUUGAUUGGCCAGUACCGACAGUACAGAGGCUUUGGUUUGGCACUGCACAAGAUGAUAAAUGUCGUCGUAUGCGCGCAUUUCUUUCUUGCAUGCGCUCGGACACUCCACUUAUGUUAAAUACUUCAUAUGUGCCACAGCAUCUGCUUAUCUUAGCCACUGUUUUGAGGUUUAUCAUGACAUCGCAAAUACAAAUUUUAAGAAGACAGGAGUUGGACGCAUUUUUAGCUACAGCUUUUUCAAAUGAUCUCAUGAAUGCUCUUCACUUACAAGAAAUGACUGUUCAGGGCAUGAGCUCUCGUGGCGUGCAGCUGGGCGCCCUGGUGAUGGCGGGCGCAGAAGCGGCUCUGCUCGCCAACGACGCGUGUGGUGCUCCCGUGCCGUGGCUCGUCGCCGCGCCCUGGCUCUACUUUGACGGAAAGCUGCUACAGCGCAACCUGCACCGCGCGGCACACUGCAAACAUCUGGCGCAACUCUGUGACAAUCAUCUCGACACUGUCGUCAAGGUGGAACGUAUGCGCAAGGCUAUUCUUGAGGGUCUAGAAGUGGAGUUUGCGAUGCCACCCCUGCCACUAGUGGGCGUGGUGGGCGAGCCGUUGGCGUGGCGCGGUCGCGGCCGCGGCGCACGUCUAGAGAUCGCCGGCGUUGUCGUGGGGCAAUGGGGCGGUGGCUCCUACCCCACGCACCCGCGCGCGCCUCGUUACCCCCAGGUCAGCUAUGUGGGAUACACGCCAACGCCUCGCAACGCGUACGGGGGUCGCAGCUGGCGCGGCGGGAGAGGACGUGGUCGCGGCCGUGGCGCCGCCCCUCUCCCCCGCGGCGCCACGCGUAUCCGUCGUCCGAGACACCAUGAGCCGGCCAAGCCCGCAACGCUCAGCAUUAACGGUAAAACUGUUAGGUCUGAUGAUAUGAGUCCUCCUGCUGAUGACGGUAGUCCUCAUGAAGAUAGUUCCCAACCAGAAAAUGAUGGUGAAGGAACUCAACCUCAGAAAUCAAAGACUGGAAAAAAUAUUAAGAAGAAUUUAGGAAAAGGUAAAAAAAAGAGCUCUAACCACAAGACUGAUGUAGCUCAGACAUUGGAAGCCAAUGGACCACUAGAUAAGAACAAGGUGGCGGAAAUUAGUCAUAGUUCUGAUCAAGAGCACUUUGGACAAGGUGAUGCACCAGUUAAUAACUAAUUAUUUCUUUAAUUCCAAAGGUAAAUUUAUGUAUUUAAUACAUUUACAUUCUUAGUACAUAUUUAGAUAUUACAUUUGUUUAAGUUUAUCUGGUUCAUUUUAAAACAAAAAUGUCGUUACUAUCUUUUAUAUCUGUUUUUUUUUUGUUUGAGGAAAACCAGUACAUAAAUAUCUUCAAUUGCUAGUGAUGAAUAUCAGUGUAGUAAUUGAGCUGAAUUCUUUACUAGUUUUUAAUAACAAUUUCAUAAUGGUUAACGACGUAGUGGGAAACAAUAACUUAUUUCAAUAGCACGUAUUUCUUCAGAGGUUACAAUCAUCUGUAAUAGUGAGAAAAAUACUAAUAUCUUACAGAAUGUUCACGGAGGAGAAUAUAUUUAUUCAAUCGUGUAUACGUGCCUCAACAUCUAUGAGACUUCCCAAUUUAGAGACUGAUUUUGUAUUAAUUCGAUUGGCACAAAAUGUGGCCACUUAUAAGGUUCAAGACAAGGUUUAAAACCUAUCUGAGACGAUAUUAGACGUCUCAACCCUAUUAAGACAAUCGGCUUUGUUUAUUUUGCUUUGUGUUUAAAGGAGUUUAUAUAAUAAUAUUUAUUGAAACAAGUUCUCCUAAAAGAAAGCAAAAGCAAAAUAUUCAGAGUCUACUACUUUAAGUAGUACAGUGUAUAUCUUUUUAAAGAUAAUAACUCUCGUAACAUCUAUUAUCUGACAAGUGAUAAUUAGAAGAUAUAUUAAAAUUAACAUGUUGAUUGUUAAGUCAUGUUUUAUUAAAAAGUGAGAUGACUUAGUAAAGAAUAUGUUUAGUUUAGCAUAUGGAGUACUGAGUCAGCAUUAUUUAUUUACACAUAGUAUAUUUACAAUUUACCAAAUUAUUGUUUUAUUUCUAAGUUUGGUUUGGUCUAUGAAAUCCCUAAUUCAUUUUAAAUACUACUAUUUUUAGGUUCUUAAGUUUCUCUAUGCUGUCAAUCAUUUGUGACAGAUUUUCUUGAUUUCAUAGGCUAAACCAAUCGUGUUCAGACUUGUUUAUAGGAUUUCUUGUUUUAUAUUUAGGCAUUAUUGAUUGUGUGUGAAUGUUUUGUAUUAUCCGACAUGUAUGAACUGCUAUCAUUCCAGCUUAAAACAAAUUUAAUAUUUGACUUUAUAUAGAUAAGCUUUAAAUGCGUUCCCUGCAGUUUUUUAUCAAACAUUAUACUGAUCUAUACCUAGUUUGAUAGCAGUUCAUAACCCAUACUGGGCCAAUUGUUGAAAUCAUCUAAGAUCAUUUUGAAUGAGUUUUAUUAUUAUUAUACUGUUUUCGUAUGCACAUGGGUAGUCGGAUAUUUUAUACCAUAGUGGUAAAAAAGAUGUUAAGAUUUAGGAUAGAAAUUGCAUUUAUUGAAUGAUGGUGGUGCUUUGAAAUUUAGUCUGUGGGACUGCCUGAAACGAGUCUGAAACUCUUAGAUUUAAGUCUAUUGAUAGACGUUUAAUAAAACUGAACGAACAUUCGUGUGUUGAGCUUUCCACAUCCUAUAGGGUAUUAUUUCGAUAGAAUAUCUUAGAUUUGUUAGUGAUAUAUUUAUAUGCAUUUUAGGAAUCUCAAAACUGCGAAUGUUCUUCACUUUAUAUGUAUUUUUGUAAAUUUGUUAUAUUGUUAUACUUAAAUUAAGCUGGAAUGACUAACAAAAAUUGAGACAAAGUCUUGAUACACUCGAUUGGUGGUAAACUGUCGAAUUAUCAGCAUAAUACACGUUACAUUCCAUUUCAAUGAAAAUACGAAAGUUCGAAACAUACGAACAGUUGACACCAGUAGAGAAUGGAACAAAAUGAAGACUUUACAAUUUGCUUAUACCCUGGCUGAAACAUAAUAAAUAUGUUGCCACAAUAACAUAUUAAUUGAUUUUAAUAAUGAAAACAUGAUCAGAACUUGUAUGCACACGUACAGUGGUCACGCCGCUGUCUCUAGUGUUUGCCUAACAAAGUAUAACGUAAUGCGUCUGACUACUUCGUAAUAAACGGCCACAAACGGCCGAAAACGGGCCAUGCCCGGCUCCGAUGCUAUAUUAGCAAAAAGCCGCCAAUGCGGCAAACAUACAUAAUAUUAUAAACGUAUAUUAUUGCUUGCUUAUUAAAUAAACACGAUGUGUAGCGUUUAGAAUUUUAACUUCAAUGUAUUUUCAUUUGUUUAAGAAUUAUGUGUAUCAACAAUAAAAGCAUGUUAGAGGUUCGGUUAUAUUUCGUGAGGAAGUCAAGAUUUUAUAUUAGUCGGUUUCAACUAAAGGGCACUAUUUACAUUUACUAUUCUUAAAUGUUUGAAUAUAUAAAAAUAAUUGCCUUUUAUGUUACCAUACCGUACUUUGUACUUUGCUGCUUUCAUAUAUACUUUGUUACAUAUUUAAAAUGUAAUAUUAGCGAUGAUUCCAAGAAGGACGUAGAUUUUAUUUUUUCUCUUAAAACCAUUAUUCACUAUAGUUUUAGAAUAUUCAACAGUGUAAUAAUACUACCUUUAAUCCAUUUUAUAACUUGUUUGCUGACAAUGGUCUCUUAAUAUUGUCAACAUAUAAUAAAUAUAUUAGAAAAUAUUUGUCAUGUAAUACAUAACACUUUUCGUAAUUGAAGUAGCAACAUGGAACUGUGGCUUUUUGAAAACACUUAUAACUUAACAACAUAAACCUGCUAAAUAAUAUAAAUUAUUAAAAUGUUCAUAGUAACUAUUUUAGUUCAUGAACAAAAAAAAAUAUUUUAUCAAUUUAAAUUGUAAAGAGUUGUAUUUGUCUUCAAAUAAAACGUUCCAUUAUUAAA